AUGGAGGACUCUUUUUACCUGUUCGUCCUUGUGGCCUUUAUAAUAACGUUUGAGGGAAACAGCUAUGGCGAAACUGUAGUCACUAAUGCCAAAACUACCUCGAAUUUAACAACUGAUAGAGUGGGUGAUUUGAAAGAAAUUUUAAUCAAUCAGGAUUUGACUCAGAAGCUACAACUCGUGCAAAAUGUCAUACAAGUUAUGAACGAUGUUCAAACAUUAAAGAAUGAUGUUCAGCGUCUGGAAACAGAAAAUUCCUAUUUCAAGCAAGAAUUUGGAAAUAAAACAAAUAUUAUACAAGUGGCGAGUGAUGUUCAAACAUUAGAGAAAGAUGUGCAAAGUCUCAAGACAGAAUAUUCCUAUAUCAAACGAGAAUUUGGAAAUCACUUGGUCAGCACAAGAAAUGAAAGUUGCACACGGACAUUGGAAUGUCUGGAUCAGAAAACACACAUUGCGUUUUAUGCUUACUAUUCUAACAAUUUUAAGGCUCCAACCACCAUUGGGGCAACUUUAAUCUUUGAUUCAGUAGUCACAAACCUUGGCAAUGGAUACAAUAAAAGAACUGGAAUAUUUACUACUCCACUUUCUGGUGUCUAUGCCUUUACUUGGACCUUGCACGCAGCAGGAUCGAACGUCGCUCGAUCAUCUGGCAAUCAAUAUGGAGAGAUGAAUGCGUCCAUAAAACAAAACGGAGUAACAAGAGGCGCGAUUCAUGUUGAUACUGAAAGGAAGAAUGAUGACGCUGUUGCUACCGGGUUUGUUCUUUUGAGUCUCAAAGCUGGAGACGAAAUACAGAUUGUAUCUGAUAUCUUUAACGGUCAGGGAUCUAUGUACAGUAACGAUGAACAUGGACGAACUUCUUUUUCUGGAUUUCAAAUUGCAUGAU